GCUGUGCCCUGGAGUCUCUUGUGAUCGCCUCAGUGCUGCUGGAGGAGGAGGAGGGCAGGGCAGGAUCGGAUGUGAGCAGGCGGACAAACAUCAGUCUCUGACUAUGGACGUGUUUAUUUCCUGUGGAUGAAGCUCUCGUCGAUUUAGGGGGUCUUCCAACACCAUCUCAUCCCAUCUGCCUCCGAGGACAGGGAGCAAAUUCCAAUCACAUGAAAAAAGGAUUACACCAGGAAUCUGUCACCUCACCUCACAUCACUUAAGUAGGUGUGAAUCAUGGGGAACCAGCUGACUGAUAUGGCUCCUAACACGCCAUUCCUGCCAAACUUCCAGUCACUGCAUGUGGUGGUUAUCGGCCUUGACUCUGCCGGCAAAACCUCUCUGCUCUACAGGCUGAAACUGAAGGAGUUUGUGAAAACGAUUCCCACCAAGGGCUUCAACACGGAGAAGAUCAAGGUGGCAGUGGGGGUGUCGCGGGCCAUAAACUUCCAGGUGUGGGAUGUGGGUGGUCAGGAGAAGCUACGGCCCCUCUGGAAGUCUUACACCCGGCGAACAGACGGCAUCGUGUUUGUGGUGGACUCCACCGAAGUGGAGCGGAUGGAAGAGGCCAAAGUGGAGCUCCAUAAGAUCACCCGCACCUCAGAGAACCAGGGCGUCCCUGUGGUGAUCCUGGCCAACAAGCAGGAUCUGGAUUCAGCCUCGUCGGUCAGCGAGGUGGAAAAGAUGCUGUCCGUGCAUGAACUGAGCAUGUACACGCUGCAUCAUGUGCAGAGCUGCAGCGCCGUGAAUGGUCAGGGACUCCAGCAGGGCCUGGAGAAACUGUACGAGAUGAUCCUGAAGAGGAAGAAAAUGGUGAAGCACAACAGGAACAGGAGGAGAUGAACUCCUGGUUCACACCGGUGUGGACAUUAUCUCAAGAGAUUAAUCCUCUGUUGAGACACUUCCAAGCUUAAUGGUCCCUUUUAAUGGGAGAGAGCGAUUAGUGCCAACAAAACAACAAUUUCACACAGACUUCGGGUCAGGAGAGAUGGAUUUGCUCAUAGUAAUUGAAGCAGUAUUGACAUAUUCUAUGUUCUGCAAUUGUGCAGAAAGGUUACAAUACAGGUUUGAAGGAAAACCUCUUUCUUAAGUGCUUUUCUAAACUUGAUUUAAAGAUAGAUUUAUAACAGUACGUUUUAAGUUUAGGACCAAUGUAUAAACACGUCAGAGGUAUUUAGUGAUUAAAUGAAUAAAGUAGAGUAAAAUAUAAAAUGUAAUUCACAAGCUUGCACAGAUUAUAUUCCACUAAGCAGACAGUUUUUUUUUCCUUCCACAGUGUAUAUGGAUGCAUCCCAGAAUAUUUAUUUCACAUUGUUGCACUGGACAGAAGGACUAUAUUUGAAAAUGACGCGCAAAGAGACAUUUUAGCUGUGAUUGAGCACCAGUGAUCCGAAAUGCCUUCCCUUUUUGACCACAGAGUUUACGUUUCUUUUACUAUAGUGUUUAUACAAAUUGUACAAAACUUAAUAAAUCUAAACACUGUACAGAA